UUAAAAAUUCGUUUUAUCAUAAAUGUUUCCGUUGCAGCAUUUUGUAAAGUGGGCAUCUUGGGUUUUGUUGCUUGGGAUAUCAUUCACUAACGUCAUUUGUUGUUUUGUAAACAUUGCAAAUUGCGUCCAAAAUUCGGAACACACGAAAGCCGGGUUGCAUUUUUGUCUAUUGUGAUUGUAGUACGAUUUAAGUCCCUCUGCUAAGCAUUGAGGGUGUCUUCAGUUCUGAACUGAGCAGCAAUUUGCACAGUGAAGAUUUCGUGAAGGUUCAUUGGUACCUCGCCAUCUGUUGGGAAGGCUUCGGAAGGCCUUCGGCUUGAACAGUAGCCAAAAUGGUCACUGAUCGAAUGUCCACGGAGAAUGUGGAAAACUUCGUCCAGGAACAUCUGAAGGAAGAUCUGCGAGUGUACGAAAUGCAACUGAAGCAGUUGAAUGGCGAGAUUAUGGAAUAUGUACAGUUGAAGCAUAUGAUUGAAACUAUCCUGGGAGAAGACCGGUGCGAAGGAUUCAAGACCCAGGUUAACAUCGGUGGAAACAUGUUCAUGAAGGCCCGCGCAGACAAUGUGGAUCACAUACUGGUAGACGUUGGACUGAAGGUGUACGUGGAGUUCAAAAUCGAUGAAGCUUUACGGUUUGUGGAGAUGAAAAUUAAAGUGCUAACGAAACAAGCCGACGUUGUGCGGGACAAAAGCAUCGAAACGAGGGCAAACAUCAAGCUGGCCCUUCUUGUGAUAGGAGACUCACAGCGGCUGCACACAAUCCACGAUGAUCGAUGAUUGAACAACGCGGCGAAGGUGAAGAUUGCGAAUGGUGUUAAUAUUUUAUUAAUAAAAUAAAUGUUAAAACA